AUGUCGCUGCUUUUCCUCGUCGUCUUUCGACUGGAAGUCCUGCCGAUCCUCUUCGACCUAGGUCGGGUCUUCUGCGACGAGCACGAGUACAGGCUGACGAAGCACCUCCUGGAGGACUACGACGCCGGGGUCCGCCCGGCGGAGAACUCUUCGAGGCCGCUGACGGUCGUCUUCGGAUUGUCGCUCCAUCACAUCAUCGACGUGGACGAGAAGAACCAGAUCCUGACGACGAACUGCUGGGUGACCCAGGUCUGGACGGACCACCACUUGAAGUGGAACACCUCCGAGUUCGCCGGCAUCAGGGUGAUCCGAGUGCCCUAUAAUAGAGUCUGGAGACCGGAUACUAUCCUCUACAACAACGCCGAUCCUCAGUACAGUUCUUCGGUGAUCAACACCAACGUCAUCGUCAGCUACACCGGCCAGGUCGUCUGGCUGAGCCACGGGAUCUUCCGGAGCAGCUGCGACAUCGACGUGGAGUUCUUCCCCUUCGACGAGCAGCGUUGCGAGCUGAAGUGGGCGUCCUGGACCUACGACGGAUACCAGCUGGAGUUAGAGAAGCAGAGCGAGCAAGGGGACAUCACGAACUACCAGGCGAACGGGGAGUUCGACCUGGUGGACUUCUCGGCGAGCAAGCACGUGGAGUUCUACUCCUGUUGCCCGGAGCCAUACCCUGACAUCACCUACGAGAUCCGUCUGCGAAGACGACCCAUGUUCUACGUCUUCAACCUGAUCCUGCCCUGCAUCCUGAUCAACGGCAUAGCUCUUCUGGUGUUCUACGUCCCCUCGGAAUCCGGGGAGAAGGUCACUCUGGGGAUAUCCGCGCUCCUCUCGAUGACGGUCUUCCUGAUGACGAUUCGAGAGACGCUUCCGCCUACGGAGAAGACGCCGCUCAUCAGUCUCUACUACGGGGUCAGCAUCUGCCUGGUGUCCUUCGCGUCAGGGCUCGCCGUGGUGACCUUGAACCUCCACCAUCGAGGUGUUCGGGGCACGAGGGUACCCCGGAUCAUCAGGUCCCUAGUGCUCGACAAGCUCGCCAAGGUCCUUUUCUUUGAUCUGCAAGAGGACGUGGCGGAGCCUCCCAAGAGGACGAACACCUGUCCGGUGCACAGGAAGGUGGACUGGGCUCAUCAGCAACAGCAGAUCUCGCCCAAGUAUGAGAAUCGUAGACACGGCAGCAGCGGUAGUCCUAGUUUGGAGUUCCUGAAGGAGACCAGCUUGGAAACUCACUGGUCCAGGGCCUUGGGCAGGGUCCACGGGACCAUCGAGAGGAACGAGAGGCGUCUCGUUGAACAGGAUCGUCGGGACAGGACGGAGCUCGAGUGGAAGCAGGUUGCGCUGGCACACGAGAGGCAACGCCGAGCGGAGGCUUUAAUACGGGAAGGCCGAUUCAGAGAGGCGGCCGAGUGCCACGAGUGCGUCGCCAACCUCUUAACCGAAGCGCGCUCGCGAGUGGAAGGUAAUCUCGGUGGGCUGCACUCCGCGGCCACCUCCACAGGAGAAACUCUGCUCUUCACGAGCUCGAUUCGCUUGCUCGUCACCUUGGAAUCGCUUACCCAUCAGCGAGAUUACCACAGAAAGCAGGCCGCGAUACUUAGAAUGAAGGAAACGCAGUACGAGGAUUUUAAAGCAACCUUGGAAUCUCAGCAGCGAGACAUUUUAAGCAAGCAAGGAUCCAAACCGGUCGAAAAGGGUAACUCUUGCGAAAGGCUGUACGACAAGGCCGAAGGAUCGCUGCGCCAGGCCAUAUACAAUACCAUCGAGGAACACGAUAGUCUUUUGAGCUUGAUCUUGCCUUCACCUGAUGAUAGUCAGGCUUUCAAACAUCCUAAAGACACGACAGUGGUGAUAGAGGAGUUACGUACCGUAAACUGUCAGUUAAGAUCCCUCGUCGAAAGACUGUUAACUGAUUUGGAGAAAAAGGAAGAAGAGGUUAAACAUUUGACGGAACGUCUACGUCAUGUCUCCGUUGAUUCUAGUGACACGAUCAAUUCUGAACAUGCGCAUUCUUUGCAUCUAGAUCCUUUGCCACCACUUGUACCACUCGAAAUGCCCUUAUUUGACUUUGCCUCCACAUGAUUUAACAUCUUAUAGAUAUUUUAAUCUAUAGACGUCUUUCAUUUUUAGAUCAAUGAUAGUUGGUCUUUGACAUGUUUAAAUAACACUUUUUUAAAUUAAAAAUAUACGUUUUCCCUUUAAA